AGGGGCGACGAAAUUCGGUCAAAGGUCCAUAGUUAGAAGACGCAUAACUAGUGACGAAGGAAGAAGAAAUAUAUUUUAUAAUGAGUUUAAACAGACUAGUUACGCUCUCCAGACGGGUCACAUGGGGAAGUUUGAUUCCUUUGUUCGGCCCAAACGGGAAAGUUGUUUCUAAUGUGCAGUUUCGACGUCUUUUCAGGACUCAAACUCCAAGUCUUGCAUUUGCCAAAGACUUGUUUCUGGGGAAAGUGAACAAGGCAGAGGUGUUUCCGUACCCAGAGAUCAGCAGAGAGGAGCUGGAGGAGAUCAACCAGUUUGUUGCACCUGUGGAGAAGUUUUUCAGUGAGGAUGUGGACUCCCAGCGGAUCGAUCGGGAAGCCACAAUUCCUCCAGAAACCCUGGAAGGGAUCAAACAGCUGGGACUGUUUGGAAUUCAGGUGCCAGAGGAAUAUGGGGGCCUUGGCCUGUCGAACACCAUGUAUGCACGACUGGGGGAGACCACUUCUCUGGAUGGAUCCAUCGCAGUCACGCUGGCAGCUCAUCAAGCCAUAGGCCUGAAGGGCAUCCUGAUUGCUGGGAAUGAGCAACAGAAGGCAAAGUACCUGCCCAAACUGGCUUCAGGAGAGCACGUGGCUGCCUUCUGCUUGACAGAGCCAGGGAGUGGCAGCGAUGCUGCGUCCAUCCAGACCCGGGCCACGCUGACCGAAGAUGGAAAGCACUAUCUCAUCAGUGGGUCAAAGAUCUGGAUUUCCAAUGGUGGGCUGGCAGAUAUUUUCACAGUGUUUGCUAGAACAGCGGUAGUGGACAAAGACGGCCAGAAGAAGGACAAGAUCACCGCUUUCAUUGUGGAGAGGGCAUUUGGAGGGGUCACCAGUGGCAAACCGGAGGACAAGCUGGGCAUUCGCGGCUCCAACACCUGUGAGGUACUGUUCGAAAAUACCAAGGUGCCUGUGGAGAACGUAAUUGGAGAAGUUGGAGGUGGAUUUAAGGCUGCCAUGAACAUCCUGAACAGCGGGAGGUUUAGCAUGGGUAGUGCCACGGCAGGCAUGAUCAAGAAGCUCAUAGAGUUGACAGCAGAGUACGCUGCAACGAGGAAACAGUUCAACAGGAGCAUCAGUGAGUUUGGGAUGAUCCAGGAGAAAUUUGCUCUGAUGGCCAUGAACGCCUUUGUGAUGGAGAGCAUGGCCUACCUGACCGCGGGCAUGAUGGACAAACCUGGCAUCCCAGACUGCUCUGUGGAAGCUGCCAUGGUGAAGGUGUUCAGUUCUGAGGGGGGCUGGAUAUGCGUCAGCGAAGCCCUGCAGGUCCUGGGGGGCGUCGGCUACAUGAAGAGCUACCCGUUUGAACGCUACCUCAGAGACUGCCGCAUCCUGCUCAUCUUCGAGGGGACAAAUGAAAUUCUGAGGAUGUACAUCGCUCUAACUGGGAUGCAGCAUGCUGGGAAAAUACUCACUGGUAAAAUAAAGGAGAUGAAGAAGGGCAACAUCGGCGUGGCCUUGCAGAUGUUCGGAAAAAAGUUGCGAGAUUCUAUAAGCACCAAGGUGGACCUGGGAUUGACGGGGAAGGACGGAGUGGUCCAUCCCAGUCUGACGGAGAGCACAAAGAAGCUGGAAGAGAACGUGCACUUCUUUGGCAAUACUGUCGAGGGCUUGCUUUACAGAUAUGGAAAGACUAUCGUCGAUGAGCAGAUGGCCUUGAAGAAGGUAGCAGAUGUGCUCAUUAACCUCUAUGCCAUGACCGCCGUCCUGUCCCGAGCCAGUCGGUCCAUCAGUAUCGGAUUACGUAACCACGACCACGAGGUGCUCCUUGCAAACACAUUCUGCUCUGAUGCCUAUUACAAAAACAACUUCUUGAUGACUCAGCUGCAAAAGAAUGCCCCAGAGAACAAUGAUGACAGCAUAAAGAAGAUUGCCAAGGACGUGCUGGCGAAGAGGGCCUACAUCUGUUCACAUCCUUUGGACAGGACUUUCUGAUGGGCUGUGAUGUUGCCUCAGACAGAUGUACCUUUUACCAGCCCAUUACAUUGACUGUAAUUUAUUCUAACAUGCUCUUAAUGCUGCUUAAAAUUACUGAAUUAGUGAUGAAUAAAGAUAAAUUGGAGUG